AUGGUUACCCCACGACCUGCUGCUAACAGACCCCACGUUCUCCUGACGGUGGUCCUUAUCAUGACCAGCCUGGCGCUGAUGGACGCUUACCUGGUGAAGCAGAACCCGGGGCCCAGGAGGAUCGGCGUGUGCGUCACCGUGCUGGCAGGUGACGCGUGUUUCCUCAUCGUGCUGCGAUACGUCGCCGUCUGGGCCAGUUCGGAGGUGCACACGGCCAGGCGAGGCUACGCAAUGAUCCUCUGGUUCUUCUACAUCUUCAUCCUGGAGAUCAAGGUCUACUUUGUGUAUCAGAACUACAAGUCUCAGGAUGUGAGCGUAGAUGCUGAGGUGAUGGAGGUAGGCGUGUCCAGGAGGGCGCUCACACUGCUGCUGUCUGUCUGCGUGCCCAUUGUGUUCGUAACCCUGGUGGCCAUAGAUCAUCUGGAGUAUUUACGGCCGUAUAAGAAGAGAGAGGAGAUACGGAGUCGUCUGUUCUGGGUGGUGGUGGACCUGCUGGACGUGGUGGAUGUCCAGGCCAACCUGUGGGAGCUCCAGAGGGAGGGGCUCCCCCUGUGGGUGGAGGGACUGACAUUCUUCUACUGCUACAUCCUCCUGCUGGUGCUGCCCUGCGUCUCCCUGAGCGAGAUCAGCUUGCAGGGCAUCAACAUCGUUCCACACAAGAUGAUGCUCUACCCCAUCCUCAGUCUGGCCACCAUCAACAUCAUCACCCUCCUGAUUCGCGGGGGAAACCUGCUGAUCUACGGUGACACCCAAGUGUCGGCCAUCAUGAUGGGGAAGAACGUGAUCGCCAUCGUUGUGAAGAGCUGCAGUCUGGUGCAGUACAGGAAACAUCAGCCAGCUUCUCCCCCCGCAGAUCAAGGAGCCGAGAUGCACAAGAACUCUCUGGGAGAUGUUGAGAUAUCCAACACUCAGCAGGUGGUGCUGCCCAGAACCUCUGUACUGGCCUCGCCGUCACUGGUUACUGGAUCAGCUCUCCAGGGCUCCCCCUCCUCUUCCUCCUCUUGCUCCUCUUCCUCUUCCCUCCAUUCCUUCGCCCCGCCCCGCUCCCUCCCAGCCGGACCGGAGCAUCGGCAGCCGGCAUCAUAUCGACCUGUCGCCGCGGAGAGGCGACGAUGGCGGCGGCUGUGGACAGAGCAGCAGUCCGGGGGAGCGCUCUCCCAUCGGACCCGGACCUCAUCGGCGGGUCUGGAGCUCCCGGAGAGCCCGACGGCCGCGUGA